ACUUGAGUGACUCGAGAAACAACAAGACUCGGAUCGCAUCACUAGAGUAAGUCAGAAACUGCUCUCUCUUUCUUCAACUGCGAGGUGUCACUUUGUGAAGGUCACAAUGGGGCGCCGGCCAGCGAGAUGCUAUCGCUAUUGUAAAAAUAAACCUUACCCAAAGUCACGGUUUUGCCGUGGUGUGCCUGACCCUAAGAUCCGUAUUUUCGACUUGGGCAAGAAGAAGGCAGCAGUAGACGACUUCCCACUUUGUGUGCACUUAGUGUCGGAUGAAUAUGAGCAGUUGAGUUCGGAGGCUCUUGAAGCAGGCCGUAUUUGCUGCAACAAAUAUCUCGUGAAGAACUGUGGCAAGGAUCAAUUCCACAUCCGCAUGAGAUUGCAUCCGUUCCAUGUCAUCCGCAUCAACAAAAUGUUAUCGUGUGCUGGAGCUGACAGGCUCCAGACUGGGAUGCGUGGCGCUUUCGGCAAGCCACAAGGCACCGUAGCACGCGUACACAUUGGACAGCCCAUCAUGUCCGUCCGCUCCAGUGACCGCUGGAAGGCGCAGGUUAUUGAAGCUCUGCGUCGUGCCAAGUUCAAGUUCCCUGGACGUCAAAAGAUCUAUGUGUCCAAAAAAUGGGGUUUCACUAAGUAUGACCGUGAUGAAUUUGAGAAGUUGCGUGAUGAUGGCCGCCUCGCCAACGACGGCUGCAACGUCAAAUACCGCCCCGAGCACGGGCCCCUGGAUGCCUGGAGGAAGGUCCAGGUCGAAAUACACAACAUAUAAUAUGAAUUGAACAAUAUACUGUGAAAUUCUACAA